UCUCUUUCUCCUCCUGUUUCCUGUAUCGUAUUUUUGUUUUUACAGAUCCUGAUUUCUUUAUUCCUCCACCUCGUUCUCGAUUGACAAUUGUCUCUUUGAUUCUUUGAAUUUUGAUUUCUGGAUCUGUAAGUGGCAAAGAUUGGUAUAUUACUCAGCGCAGGCGAGGGCGAGCACAAGUGUGAUAGUGUUAUUUUUUCAACAGUGUUUCUCUGAAAAUGGCUGACGGUGAGGACAUUCAACCCCUUGUAUGCGACAAUGGUACUGGAAUGGUCAAGGCUGGUUUUGCUGGAGAUGAUGCACCCAGGGCUGUGUUUCCAAGUAUCGUAGGCCGUCCUCGUCACACUGGAGUCAUGGUUGGGAUGGGACAGAAGGAUGCAUACGUUGGUGAUGAAGCUCAAUCCAAGCGUGGGAUUCUAACUCUCAAGUACCCUAUUGAGCACGGCAUUGUCAACAACUGGGAUGACAUGGAGAAAAUUUGGCAUCAUACUUUCUACAAUGAGCUCCGUGUUGCUCCUGAGGAGCAUCCUAUUCUACUCACUGAAGCACCUCUCAACCCAAAAGCUAACCGUGAGAAGAUGACUCAGAUCAUGUUCGAAACUUUCAAUGCUCCGGCUAUGUAUGUUGCCAUUCAAGCUGUCCUGUCACUUUACGCUAGUGGUCGUACUACCGGUAUUGUGCUUGACUCUGGAGAUGGUGUGAGCCACACGGUCCCUAUCUAUGAGGGUUACGCUCUUCCCCAUGCCAUCCUACGUCUUGAUCUCGCCGGUCGUGACCUCACAGAUGCUCUGAUGAAGAUCCUCACUGAGCGUGGUUACUCUUUCACCACAACAGCUGAGCGUGAAAUUGUCAGAGACAUUAAGGAGAAGCUCUGCUACAUUGCUUUGGACUAUGAGCAGGAGCUUGAGACUGCUAAUACCAGCUCCUCUGUGGAGAAGAACUACGAGUUACCUGAUGGCCAAGUGAUCACUAUUGGAUCUGAGCGGUUCCGUUGCCCUGAGGUUCUUUACCAGCCGUCUAUGAUUGGUAUGGAGAAUCCCGGUAUCCAUGAAACCACUUACAACUCCAUAAUGAAAUGUGAUGUGGAUAUUAGAAAGGACUUGUAUGGUAACAUUGUGCUAAGUGGUGGAACCACUAUGUUCCCUGGGAUUGCUGAUAGAAUGAGCAAGGAGAUUACUGCUUUGGCACCGAGCAGCAUGAAGAUCAAGGUUGUUGCACCGCCUGAGAGGAAAUACUCUGUCUGGAUUGGAGGAUCCAUCUUGGCUUCUCUCAGUACCUUCCAGCAGAUGUGGAUUGCAAAGGCGGAAUAUGAUGAGUCAGGCCCGUCCAUUGUUCACCGGAAAUGCUUUUGAGUUUGAGUCUAAGCCAUGGGGGUUUUCCAAUUCAUCCUUACUGGGUUUCAUCUUCGUUCUUUGUUGCUCUUUGUUCUUCUUCAAUAUUUUCAGAUUCUGGCCUAAGACAUUUUGGAGCACUUGCAUUAUCUUUUUGUAGUAUGGAUACUUUUUGCGUCUGUCAGUGAAUAAGAACACCUAUUUUCAUAAAA